AGGAAGUCAUAGUGAAAAUGAAACUAAACAUACAAGUACAGCUGCGUCAUAUUUUCACAGCAGAAGAGCAAACAGAGGGACACUGGUUUCCAGCUCUUGCAUUUUAAUUUCAAGGGGACUAUCACAGGAGAAAACAGGAGAGAUGGGUUAUGGAGACAUCAUGAAAGUUGAAACUACUGGAGCCUCAGUGAAAACAGCCCAGCAGGACAAGCUAGGAUACUCUGGCGUGCAGGCAUCACAUACCAUGGCACAGACUGAUGCAGGUAGAAUGAAUAAGUACAGGUCUAAAAUCAACAGCGUGGGACAUAAAUAUGACAUCGAUCCAGCUCUGAUUGCUGCCAUCAUCUCUAGAGAGUCCAGGGCUGGAAAUGCACUACAUGAUGGCUGGGGAGACUAUGACCCAAAGAGGGGCAUGUAUAAUGCCUGGGGACUGAUGCAGGUUGAUGUUAAUCCAAGCGGAGGUGGACACACUGCUCGGGGCGCUUGGGACAGCGAGGAACAUCUCUGCCAAGGCGCCAAGAUCUUGGUUCAUUUUAUUGGACUGAUCCGCAAUAAAUUUCCUGGCUGGAGCACAGAGCAGCAGCUGAAAGGAGGGAUAGCAGCCUACAAUAUGGGGGAUAGAAAUGUUCAUACCUAUGAUAAUGUGGAUGGUGCCACAACAGGCGGAGACUACUCCAAUGAUGUCGUUGCCAGAGCUCAGUGGUACAAAAGCAAUGACGGCUUUUAACAGCUGAAGAUGUCCACAGUGAAAAUCUCCUUCACAUCAAGAAUGAGACUCUGUAAUGUGUGUAUGGUAACAACAUUUAAGCUGAAUAGAUAACAUGCAAAGCAAAAACAGACAGGGUUUCUCUGUUUACUGGCCUUGAUGUAAACUCUCACUAUAAUUAGCAGAAAGGAAUAAAGCUUCUGGAUUUAGAUCAUUUUCUUUAUACUUAAUGCUGCACCACAAAGAUUCUAGCAAUUUGUUUUAAAUGUUUUAAAAAGUGAGAGAAGUAAUGAGAUCACAUUGUGUUAAUCUGUGUUAAUGCUACUUUUCUGAUCUCAGAUCUGUAGAGAAUAUAGAAAAACCAUGUGGGAAAUCAACAACAUUUCCCUAAAACCUCAAAUCUUUCAGAAGUUCAAAUCAAUGGCUGUUAUCUUUAUUUAGUUAAGAACCACUGACAUGUCAUUUUACUCAGCUCUUGACAUGCUGAUAAUUUAAGAAAUUGCCAAUAAUUGUGAGGCUCCUCAUAUAUAAAAAAUAAAACACUAUUUCAAAUCAGAA